AACUGUGAAACCGCCCAGGAAGUUUGCGACUAGAAUUGAAAGCGCAUGUUCGGUUUGAGCUGAGAGCUGAAGAACAGAAGCUGAGAAUUCAGACGAAAGACAAAUAGUUUCCACAUUUUGAUCUGCAGGUGUGUUAAACAUUAGAGGAAGUUCAAAUUCACCAAGUCAACAUGGCCAAUCAACAGUUUAAACCAAAACCUGGAGAUUUGAUUGAAAUACCUCGAAAGGGUGGGUAUAAAGACUGGGCCCUCUACAUGGGAGAUGGAGACGUCGUGCAUUUAACUUCAGAUGGUGCAAGUCGAGAUACGAGUACUCGAUUCUCUAGGUCGGAAGGGAUUGGUGUGAUUAAGAGGGAGCCUCUCGAUGAGGUGGUUGGCAAUAAUUCCUGGAAAGUCAACAAUGGAUCAGAUGGAAUGUGGAAUCCAUUUCCCGUUGACAAGAUAAUAAAAAAGGUUAAUGAAAUGAUUGGAUGCAGAGUGCGUUACAAAGUACUAAGUGCAAACUGUGAACACUUUGUUAAUUCACUUCGGUAUGGUAUAGAUAUAUCAUUUCAGGUAAGUACAGUAUAUAACGUGGACAUAAAGUCAUUGUUCUUUGACGGGCCUGAGAUUACUUUGGGGUCUGGUCCUCCAGCAAAUUAUUGUCCCUCCAAAUGCAUGGGACAUGAUGGUACACUAAUGUUAUAUGUAUCCAACGCCUCUACUUCCUUAGAAGUUUGGCAUGUCCCCUACAACUCUCACCAACUUCUAUAGAUGCACCAUAGAAAGUAUUUUACCAGGAUGCAUCACAUCUUGGUUUGGGAACAGUUCCAUCCAAGACCGCAAGAAAUUACAGUAAAUUGUAGAUGCACCCCAGACCAUCAGACAAACCAACCUCCCUUCUAUUGACUCAUACCUCAUGCUGCCUCGGCAAGGCCACCAGCAUAAUCACAGACGAGUCGCACCCUGGCAACUCCCUCUUCUCCCCUCUCCCAUUAGGCAAGAGGUAUAGAAGUGUGAAAAUACACAUCUCCAGAUUCUGUCUGAAGAAGGGUUUCGACCCGAAACUUACCUAUUUCCUUCGCUCAAUAGAUGCUGCCUCACCCGCUGAGUUUCUCCAGCAUUUUUAUCAAUCUACAGAUUCAGGGCCAGUUUCUACCCAGUUUGAAUACUUUUAAUCUCAGCUUUGGUCACUGAGCAGAUGCUGGUUAUCGAUGCUCAUGUCUCCAUCAGUCAGAAAAUGUCUGAGCUCAACAACCUACACCCAGAGCCGUGGGAGACUGUGGUCUGCUGACAGUGGGCCGUACACGAUGUGUGUU